UUUCGCCGUAUAAAUACAACGUCAUAAUUGUUCGGGCUCACAUUCACCUUCCACGCUCCGUCCGGACCACUCACCCUCUACAUCACACAGAAUCAUGGCGGCAAAGCUUUUCAUUUUGGCAGCCCUCUUCGCAGUGGCCACCUGCCAGUACGUCGCCCCCGUCCCCGCCUACAAACCCGCCUACGCCGCCCCCGCCUACAAGGUGCCCGAGCCCGUCUACCCCGACGCCCACCCCGCCUACAAGUUCGCCUACAACGUCCACGACCCCUCCACCUACGACGUCAAGAGCCAGGAAGAGACCCGUGACGGCGACUACGUCUCCGGAGUCUACACCGUCGCCGAGGCCGACGGAACCAAGCGAGUGGUCACCUACGCCGACAACGGACACGGGUUCGAAGCCGUCGUCUCCAAGGAAGGCGCCGCCCCCGCCCCCUACGCCCNUACGCCGCCCCCGCCUACCCCGCCCCAGUAGCGCCCGCCUACCCCGCCCCCUACCACGGUUAAGUCAUGCCCUCAUCAUUCAUCAUCAGGAGAUCUGAACGACCUCCGGUUGCGAGCCCCUUCAACGUAUACGAUACUUGGUAUGCAGGCAUGUGCUGCAGUUAUAUAGAUUCCAAGACUCAGGGGUUUGUACCGCGGAUUGUUCAGUUUCUUCGCUCAAACCUCAUCAAGGCCGUGGUUUAGAAAGCUCGAAGGGGUUCGAUUUAUCCUUGAGAGCUUUCGCACCAACAUCAUCUCAUGUCCACGGCUGACCUCAUUACCUCAUUCCCACCUCGCGUCUUCCUUCCCCACUCCUUUGGUAUCCCAGUGGUGGAGAAAUCUCUUAAUUUCACGUUAUUUUAAUGUGAGUUUCGAUGAGUUCUCCGAACCAUCCGGUGAUGGUCAACGAAUGUGAUCCUGUAUUCCCCUCCCUGUACACCACCCUCCCUCGUCCACUGUAAAUAAACUUCCCCCCCUUCAUGCUCAUCUCAUUAUCAUGUUAUAUUUAUGUAAAAUUGUCGAGGCGAUUGAUUUUCCAAUCGCUGUAAGAAUUUAAUACUCUUAGUACAAACAAAUUUAUUGUAUAUUUUGCUUCGAAUAGAGUCAAAUUUUUUAAAUGUU